AACCGACUCGGUUCGGUGCGGUUUUAAAGUGUGAUCGGUUCGGUUCGGGUUCAUACAAGUUCAACCCGCAUUAACCGAUCCCACCGAACUCUCUUCAAACACCGUACCCAUUUUAUAUUACCCCGGCCCGUUCCGUACUCUGCCUAACCCUCUCUUCCAAGUCUCCGCCGCCGCUCCGUCCCUCACCGCCCUCAAUUUCUCCUAUUGUCAGACAGAAUCAAUCGCUGGAGAUUUCUCAGGCGAGGGAGCUUCUCGAGCGAGGAGACUCCGAUGUUGGCUAAGGAAAGAUGCUCGAGGUUGGGGUACUUGUCGAAGAGGCUCGUGGUUGGGGAUACGAUCGCGAGGCAGAAGAAGUGAUGUGUUGUGUUGUACAGGCGACGAUCGUGGCCAAGAUUUAUCGGGGGGAUGCGAGGGAGGAGCCGUGCGAAGCUGUGGGUGACCUGAAGUUGGAUUCUUUGGUUAUGGGUAGCAGAGGACUCACUACACUCCAGAGUGUCGAAUGCCCAUCGCUGGAGACUACUUGUACAGUUGGUGGGUUGCAUCUGAUGGUAGAAUUGCAAAAGCCUAUAUCUGUAGCUUCUAUGAGAGAUUCGAUUGGAAGUCCUCCAGAGAGUGGAGCAACUAUCAAGCUCAAAGCUUCCAUUGAGAUGCCCGGUAGUUACCGUCUGGUUAAGCAUUCGAAGUUCUUAACCUCGGUCGAAGCCCAAGACUACUCCAGUGACUCCUCUCACGUUGAACCGAAUCCCCGUAUUGAGGUUCGUCGCCACAUGCAUGAAAGCGCCAAAUUGGGCAAUUUGGAUAAAGCUCUAAGAGCUCUGGCUUUCUUGAAACCAAGUAUUCUUGAUUACAACGGAAUGCUUCAUUCUUAUUUCAAAUCCAGUAGCAUUUCAUUUGAGCGUGUGACUGGAAUUUUUCAGAAAUUGAAGAGGUUUGGGCCGUCUCCAAACUUUUGGACAUUCAGUAUAAUGUCUAAUGGGCUAUGCUCAUUAGGAUUGCUUAAACAUUCUUCUUGUGUGGUGGAAGAUAUGUGCAACCAUGGGUUUGUUCCUUCCUUCUAUUUGUUGAUGAAAUUGAUGAAGAAAUCUUUGAGCUCAGAUAGAUUUGAAAUUUCUAUUCGAGUUUUGGAAUUGAUGCUGAGAUUUGAUUAUACACCAAGUUUGGUAGUGGUGAACAGAUUGAUUGCUAGACUUAGUAGAGGGAACAGAGUCCAUGAGGCGUACCAUGUUUUUUUGGUAAUGCUUGAGAUGGGUUUGGUUCCUGAUGCGUAUACUUGUAAUUCACUGCUCUUUAGUGUUUGUAGGUCCAAUUGGUGUUGGCAGACAUUGCCUUUGUUUUAUAGAUUCAGGAAGAGUGGAUUUGUUCCUACUGAGUAUUCUUAUACUUCAUUGGUUAUGGGGUUUGGAAAAAAAGGUUUGCGGAGAGAAAUUGACCUGAUUAUGGAGGAGAUGAGGAGGGAUGGAUGUUUUCCUACAGUUGUUACUUAUACUGUGCUUAUUAAGUGUCUUUGUAAGUAUAAGUUAGUCGACGAGGCAUUGAGAAUCCUUAUUAAGGAUAUGAGUAAUGAAGGUUGUGAGCCAGAUGUGGUUACAUACAAUGUACUUUUCGGUGCGCUUAUUUCCCUUAAUAGAGUCAAAGAUUCAGACCGACUGUGUUUGGUGAUGGAGGAGAAUGGUAUAAUUGCUGAUCAGUAUACUUACUGUGCAAUCGCUACUAGUCUGCUAAAAAAUGAACAUGUCAGCAAAUCACUAGAUCUUUUGUACCAAGCAGUGAGGGAUAAUGUUAUGGAUAUUGUCACAUGGAAUAUUAUAUUACGUGGUUUGUGUGUAGAAAACAGAGUGAGGGAUGCAAUAGCAACAUUGAGUUGUAUGAUAAAAAGAGGUUUUGUUCCAAAUAAUGUGACAUGCAAUAUUGUACUUAAAGGGAUUUGCUUGGAGUGUAUAGAUAAGUCGUAUAUUUCCUAGAUUAUUUCAAUUGGGGAAUAGAUGGACCUGACAUUGUCUCUUUCAAUACAAUUCUAUCAGUAGCAUGCAAGCAGGUAAACGAUUAUAUAAUCCAGGCUGUUGUGGAUCGUAUGAAGUCUGUGGGAGUUGUGCGCGAUGUUGUUAGCAUGACCUGCUUACUUCAGUAUUUUGGUAAGGCUGGAAAGUUGGAGAAAUGUUUGAACUUAUUCAAUUAUAUGAUUGACAAUGGAUAUUGGCCUACAACUGUGACCUAUAAUGUGCUUCUGAACAAUCUUUGCAAGAAAGGGCUGCUGUUAGAUGCAGAAAGACUAUUCAACAAGCACAUCGGGACAUUUCCUGAUACAACCUCAUACAAUAUUCUCAUGCAUGCUUAUGUUAGAAAGGGGGAUUUUCAUGUAGUUCAAUCCUUGCUGAUUGAUAUGUAUAACCGAGGCCUAGUGCCUAAUGCCAUCACAUAUUCAUUUGAGUUACUUCAUCUGCAAAGGGAGAAGUGUAGAUGAGAAUUUGCAGAACGGAUUCUCAUACUUUGCUUCCAAGGGACGUUAAGUCUAUCAAAAAAUUUGAGAAUUUGCAAGCCUUGACUAGGGCCAUCCGCAAUGCACGAGCGGAGUAUUCUGUGGAGCCAGCAAAAUGGAUAUCUGCAUCUAUUGUUGCAAGUACCGAUGUCCUGUACUAUAUAUCUUCUUAUACUUGUCUUGGCCUUCUGGAUAAAUUUGCAACGCAAGCAUGCAUGGAUAUAGGCAACCAGUGAAAAACAAGUCUUAGGUCUGCUGUCCAGACUAGAUCUCCAAGAUGUUCAUUUCAUUGAAACAAUCCCAGACUACGCAAAACAAUCAGUCCAUCUUGUGGCUGGAGAA